AUAAGAUGAGGAAAUUCAGAUACAAAGACCCUCACAUGGUAUGUUACUGCUUCAGCCCCCAGAGCCAAGAAGGCUUUAUGAACCACCAAGAGAGUAACUCCUUAGGAUUCUACCAUCAGAUAUAAGAGAUGGGGGUGGGAACGGCACGGCAAAUCUGCCCUGUCCCCUCCCUCCUUCAAAGGCAGUGAAGGCUGGUCGUUUCACACCAACCUGGGUACCAAGCCUCCUGCUGACACAUGGCAACUGUGUGACCUUGACUGAGUCACUUAACCCCUUGAGGUGUCUAUUUCCCUGUCUGCAUAAAGGGUCUGAUGGUAGAACCGUCUUCUUUGCAGGACUGUCUCGUGCUGUGUGUGUGUGUGGUAAGCAGAGACCUCGCUACCAUUGAAGGGCUGCUUGUUCCUGCCUCCUCCUGGCUCAGCCCUGUUCACCAUCUUCCCGUUCAGGGGCACUCCCCUUCGUUCAACCCGUGUUCCUUUCUCACUCCACUCAUGGGUUUACUGCAGGAUUUUGCAAGGAGAAAGUUGGGAAGUACUUUAGGCAGCUUGAGCCAAGCCACUGGUGGCCAGGAAAGAGAGGAAGAGUAAGGGAAAAAGAGUAAGAGACAGAGAGAGACAGUGAGAGAAAGAGACAUCGACAGAGACAGGAGGAGAGAUAGAAGAAGAGAGAAGGGAGAGGGAUGGGCAGAGAAAGCCAGAAACAGACAAAAAGUAACACGGAGACCAGCAGACAGAGAAACGUGUGUGUCAGCCACAUAUCCAAAGACAGGAAAGAAACAGACCCAAGGAGUAGGAGGGGGAGGGAACGGAGAUGUUGAGAGGGCCAGUCGUGUGCACAGGCCUUGCUCAGGACGGGUCUCCGCCCUCAGGGCGGCCUUUCAUCCCUUCCCUAGAAUCCUUAAAUCCUCUCUCUCUCGGAGCCCUCUGCGUCUGUCACUGAACCGACAGCGGCUGGCGGAGCUGGCUCGGCCAACAUUUAUAUAUUGCGCACCUCCCCUGUCCCCAAGGACUGUGGGGCUCCCUCUUCUUUCCCCCGACCCGGGUCCUUUCUCUGCUCCACGAUCAGAGCGUGCUCCCCGUCUGUUCCCGUCCCCGCCCCGUCCUCCUCCUGCAGCCCCCAAGCCGAUGGCCGGGGUCCCGGCGCUGCUGCAGCUGCUGCUGGCGCUGGCGCAGGCGGGAGUGGUGGGCGCCGCGGGCUCCGUGCGCCUGGCGGGCGGCCUCACGCUGGGCGGACUGUUCCCGGUGCACGCUCGCGGCGCGGCGGGCAGGGCGUGCGGGCAGCUGAAGAAGGAGCAGGGCGUGCACCGGCUCGAGGCCAUGCUGUACGCCCUGGACCGCGUGAACGCCGACCCCGAGCUGCUGCCCGGGGUGCGCCUGGGCGCCAGGCUGCUCGACACCUGCUCGCGGGACACGUACGCGCUGGAGCAGGCGCUGAGCUUCGUGCAGGCGCUGAUCCGCGGCCGCGACGGCGAAGAGGCUGCCGUGCGCUGCCCCGGCGGGGUCCCCCCGCUGCGCACCGCGCCCCCGGAGCGCGUGGUGGCUGUCGUGGGCGCCUCGGCCAGCUCUGUCUCCAUCAUGGUCGCCAACGUGCUGCGCCUAUUCGCGAUCCCCCAGAUCAGCUACGCUUCCACGGCCCCUGAGCUCAGCGACGCCACACGCUAUGACUUCUUCUCCCGCGUGGUGCCUCCUGACUCCUACCAGGCCCAGGCCAUGGUGGACAUAGUGCGGGCAUUGGGAUGGAACUACGUGUCCACGCUGGCCUCUGAGGGCAACUAUGGCGAGAGUGGGGUUGAGGCUUUUGUGCAGAUCUCUCGAGAGGCUGGGGGGGUCUGUAUUGCCCAGUCCAUCAAGAUUCCCAGGGAACCCAAACCAGGAGAAUUCAAUAAAGUGAUCAAGAGACUCAUGGAGACACCGAACGCCCGGGGCAUCAUCAUCUUCGCCAACGAGGAUGACAUCAGGAGGGUUCUGGAGGCUGCACGCCAGGCCAACCUGACUGGCCACUUCCUGUGGGUUGGCUCAGACAGCUGGGGAGCCAAGAUCUCACCCGUCCUGAACCUGGAGGAUGUGGCCGUGGGAGCUAUCACCAUCCUGCCCAAAAGGGCUUCCAUUGAUGGAUUUGACCAGUACUUCAUGACUCGAUCCUUGGAGAACAACCGCCGAAACAUCUGGUUUGCUGAGUUCUGGGAAGAGAAUUUUAACUGCAAACUGACUAGCUCAGGUACCCAGUCUGACGAUUCCACCCGCAAAUGCACAGGUGAGGAACGCAUCGGCCGGGACUCUGCCUACGAGCAGGAAGGGAAGGUGCAGUUUGUGAUUGAUGCUGUGUACGCCAUUGCCCACGCCCUCCACAGCAUGCACCAGGCUCUCUGUCCCGGGCACACAGGCCUGUGCCCAGCAAUGGAGCCCACUGAUGGUCGGACACUGCUGCAGUAUAUUCGAGCUGUGCGUUUCAAUGGCAGCGCAGGAACCCCUGUGAUGUUCAAUGAGAAUGGGGACGCGCCUGGGCGAUACGACAUCUUCCAGUACCAGGCGACCAAUGGCAGUGCAGGCAGCGGCAGCUACCAGGCGGUGGGCCAGUGGGCGGAGACCCUCAGGCUGGAUGUGGAAGCCCUGCAGUGGUCAGGAGACCCCCGAGAGGUGCCCGAGUCUCUGUGCAGCCUCCCCUGUGGGCCGGGGGAGCGGAAAAAGAUGGUGAAGGGCGUCCCCUGCUGUUGGCACUGCGAGGCCUGCGACGGGUACCGCUUCCAGGUGGACGAGUUCACUUGCGAGGCCUGCCCAGGGCACAUGAGGCCCACGCGCAACCACACGGGCUGCCGCCCCACGCCGGUGGUCCGCCUCUCCUGGUCCUCGCCCUGGGCAGCCCCGCCCCUCCUCUUGGCCGUGCUGGGCAUCAUGGCCACCACCACGGUGGUGGCCACCUUUGUGCGGCACAACAACACACCCAUCGUCCGCGCCUCUGGCCGUGAGCUCAGCUACGUCCUCCUCACCGGCAUCUUCCUCAUCUAUGCCAUCACCUUCCUCAUGGUGGCUGAGCCCGGAGCGGCGGUCUGCGCCACCCGCAGGCUCUUCCUCGGCCUCGGCACCUCCCUCAGCUACUCGGCCCUGCUCACCAAGACCAACCGCAUCUACCGCAUCUUUGAGCAAGGGAAGCGCUCCGUCACGCCUCCGCCCUUCAUCAGCCCCACGUCGCAGCUCGUCAUCACCUUCAGCCUCACUUCCGUGCAGGUGGUCGGAGUGUUGGCUUGGCUGGGGGCCCAGCCCCCGCACAGUGUGAUUGACUACGAAGAGCAGCGGACGGCGGACCCAGAACAGGCCAGAGGCGUGCUCAAGUGUGACAUGUCCGAUCUGUCCCUCAUUGGUUGCUUGGGCUACAGCCUCUUGCUCAUGGUCACGUGCACCGUGUACGCCAUCAAGGCCCGUGGCGUGCCCGAGACCUUCAACGAGGCCAAGCCCAUUGGCUUCACCAUGUACACCACCUGUAUCAUCUGGCUGGCCUUUGUGCCUAUCUUCUUUGGCACUGCCCAAUCUGCUGAAAAGAUCUACAUCCAAACCACGACACUGACUGUGUCCUUAAGCCUGAGCGCGUCCGUGUCCCUCGGCAUGCUCUAUGUACCCAAGACCUACGUCAUCCUCUUCCACCCGGAGCAGAACGUGCAGAAGCGGAAACGGAGCCUCAAGACGACCUCCACAGUGGCAGCCCCACCCAAGGGUGAGGACACAGAGGCCCCAAGUAGCAAGUAGAGGAAGAAUGGGACGCCUGCUCCCCCUCCUCUGUUGUCUUUGUUUCCUUGCUUCAUAAUGGAAGCUGUGAAGAGUCCAGGUCUACAGUGAGCAAUCAGGGUGGGGAGUCCACAAAGGCCAGGCCUAGCAAGAUGGAACUGGGCUGGACCCACAUGACACAUUUCAGCCCCGUUUUUCUGUGGGUCUUGGCUUCAUGCUUCCAUCUUGCCAAGAACAGGCACUGAGAGACUCCUCUUCUGGAGAGGGAUUAAACUUAUAUUCACUGGUUUGAAGUCAGAGAUCGUGGUGAAGCCUUGGGCUUGGCCCAGUGUGAGUGGAUUUCCUCCACCUUGAUCAACCACCAGAAUCUAGGGAUUGAGCAGCAUAUGAGAACAUGUAGACUCCAGAAUGUAAUAGAGGGUUGGAGCCAGAGAGGAGCACUUUCCACAAGAGCUCUGUGACUCUGUAUUUUGGACUGUGUAACUUGGGCUUGGGUCAAUGUUUUGCUGGUACAGAGAGAGGGACUGAGCCUCGCAUGAGAGCCCUGUGGGAGAAGAUGGGCCUGCACAGGACAGACGGAAUGGGGUGCCCUAUGAGGUUAUUUGUGUCAGAGUCUUUUCCUUGACCCCUUUUCUCCUGGGAUCUGAGGGAUGUCAUACUUAGAGAACAGCUUAUUUUUUUUCCCUUCCCAUGUGUAUUCGCUCAAAUUAACCCUGAACUUUAAGAAAAUGAGACGCACUGUGUGGUGGUGUGGUGUGAGAAUACACUAUCAGUGUGGCGUUUGCCCUCCUCUGAUGCCUGUUCUCAAGUCCUAGGUUGGGACCAGUUACAGAGAGAGUUGUGUCCAUGGUACGGAUUCAUUCCAAGUGGAUAACUUGGGAUGAAUAUCCAAACUGUUCUCUCCCAAUAUUUACUGGGAGAUUGCCUUUGAAAGGCAUGCAUGAGGCAUGGGAAGGAAAAUGCCUGGACGUCAAAUGCGUUUUUCAGGAAUCUACUUUUAACAAAAGGUUUGGUUUAAGUUAUGGAAUUUUAUUUGCCUGGGGUAGAAUUUGAAUUUGUUAAAUUGACUCUUUUUAUUUAUCAGUAUGAAUUCUCUAGUGGCUAAUGUCUGGAACUGGUUUUGAAGAUUCAACUGUACUUCAUCCAAUAGAGACUCUCCCCGAGACAGAAUCUGUACCUAAUCCAUUUUGACCUUGGGACCAGGUGUUUCUGCAUUCUUUAAAAGGGCUUCUCCUCAGAAUAACCAUUUUGGUGUACAGAUUCUCCUUCCCCACAUUUGUUGCAUUCCUAGGAAUUCUCUGCAGUGUGAAUUAUGACAUUUCAUAUAUUGCUUGGUGCUUACCAAAAUUCAUUAUUUCAUACAGCUUCUCUCCUGUGUGGGUUUUCCAAUGUACAAUGAGGUGUAUUUUCUUGCUGAUGGCUUUUCCACAUUAGUGCUUUAAUAGGGUUUUUCUCCUAUAUUAACUCUUCAAGAAUAAUGAGCUCUCAUCUCCAAAUGAAGGUUUUCCUGUAUUUAUUGUUUCCUUGCUCUUUCUCUCAGUAUACAUUCUCUGUUAUGCAGUGAGUCUUGACUUCUAGUUGAAAAUCUUUCCACAGUUUUUACCUUUUUGUGGUUUCCCCCACUCUGAACUCUAUGAUUUAGAAUUUGGAUUAUUUCUUAGUAAAAGCUUUUCCAUGUUUAGAGGAUUUCUUCACCUG